GUAAUGUUAGAACGUAAAAAGGUAAACAUUAUAUCUUCGAUCGAAGUAGUAACCUCGAUAUACAAUGUUACAAUACAAGGGAGCUUUUAUAUUCAAGGAAUAUAAGUGGUGUAUUGGUGUAAUUAAAACUACCUGUUAAUUAUAUAAUUAAAUUCUUACUUCGUCGUAUAAGAGUUUCUUUCUUCACUUGUGGCUGCUGCUGUUAAUCGAAUGUACAGCUUACUUUAGACACUUUUGACAUAAAAGAUGGAUUUUUCGAAGUUUAGAACAACAGGAGAACUGUCAGACAUAACAGUUAUUGUGGAAGGAAAUGAUUUCAAACUUCACAAAUUUCCACUUUAUGCAAAAUCUGAAUUUUUCUGUAAACUUGCUAAAAAUACUCCAAGUGAGUCAGGCCGGGUGGAGUUGACCGAUUUCCCAGGCGGUGAUGAAGUUUUUGGGCUUGUUGCCGACUUUUGCUACAACAUGAAAAUUGAGACAACAAAGGACAACAUUGUUCCCUUGAGGUGUGCUGCGGAGCUUUUACAGAUGACGGGGUCUGCAAAUCUGAUUGAAGUCAGUGACAAGUUCAUUCAAGAUACAAUUACUUCGGCCAAAAUGAGUCGUUCUAGCAGUGUUGUGGCUUCCAUGAUUCGCUCUUGUGUUUCUAUGAGUUCGUUGGCAGAAUCAUGUGGAAUAAUCUCAUCUUGCUCUGAUGCGUUGGUUGAGUGCUGGCUCAAACCACCAACAAAGUUCAGCUCACCAACAAAUUCAAAAAAGCAAGGAGGCGACAAGUCUAUUAAGUCGUUACUACUUAUUCCUUUUGAGUGGUUUUUGAAGCUCUUUACUAGUGCUAGAGAUCGUGGAGUAAGGCAUUCUCAUUUAGCUGAGCUAAUGACUCAGUUUAUUAGUAAUAUAAUUGAACAGGAAGAAAAAGAAGAGAAGAAUAACAACAAAACAGAAAACCUAACAUCGAAGCUGAGUCCGGGAGAUUCCGGGAGUAAUGUCGGGAAAACUAAAUUAGACAUUGGACAUAUUAUAGACUCCAUUGUUUUAGAGAUUCCCGAGGACGCCUUGUAUGAUGAUGCUGUUACUAUGGACUGGAUUACAAAGGUUCUUCGUAUUGCUACAGGACAUGGCUGCGCGUGCCGUCGUCUGCUAGUCAAAGCUGCUGGAGAAAUGCUGAACAGGUUAUCUGCUGAAGAUCUGUGUAUUGUUUCGCCAUCACUUUUGCAUGACAUAGUGCUAGAAACCUGCAAUGAAAAUGGUCAAGCAGAAAAGGCGUCAAAUAUUGUAGACACAUACAUGUCAGAAAUGGUCAGGAAAGGAGUACUAACCGCGGAGACUUACAAGUUGUUGGCUACUGCAUUGCCGUCUGAUGCUAAAACAAAUCAAGAUCAUAUGUACACAAUUCUGGAGUAUGUUUUGUCUUCUGAAACAGAUAACUUAAAUGACGAACAACGACAAGAACUUAUCAACACUAUAGAUUUUAAAUUGGUCACUGAAGAGACCUUACAAAGAGCACUAACAACUAACAUAGUACCAGCGGUACACAUAGCCCAAGGUGCAUUAUCUUUGUGUUCUAAACUUAGAACAGAGCUUGAGUCGAUCAAAAGAUUGAACCAGAAACAAGACGAAGAGAUUAAAAAAUACCAAAAACAUCAAAAUUCGUCCAAAUCUAGAAGUUCAGGGCUGUCAUCUAGAAAAGACGAUUCCUUGACUUUAAGUGAUUUGGACUAUCUUGAACCCACAAAAGAAAAACCUUCAGAACGGUCUGUUCAAAUGUUAUCAGACACGUUGAAUACAAGUAAAGAGGACUCCUUCAUGUCUGGACCCCGUUCUAAAAUAUCCGAAUCCAAAUCGCCGUACCAAUUUCGUUCUUUGGCAGCUCCUGAGCAUGAUGGCACACAAGACGACGAAUCUUAUCAGUAUGAACGUGGUUUUCGGAACUUGGACAAUUCUAGAAGCAAACAACGAUCGCUCGGAUACGGCUAUAGGCCGACUUAUUCCUAUUCGGGUCGGUAUUAAAACAUUGUGCCAUGAAUUGAAGUUAUGGCGAUUUUACUUUUAAUUGAACAAACCCAGAGCUUUUCUUAAUAUGUCUUAUUUGCAUUAAUGCACAUUCAUAGGAUUCUGCUGAAUUAUCAUUUGUACACAAUAUAUUUAUUAAAAUAAUAGCAUAUUACAAAUUUCAACAACAACUCUACAUGUAUAAAGGGUCUUAUAUUGCAUCAAUUUCUAGUCAUCUUAAAUUGAAAUUCUUGCAAAAUUUGAAUUUGAAAAUAUGUUCCAAAAUAUAGUUUAACGGGGACUGAAUUUUCAAGCACGUGUACUUGAAGUGACAUUCACGGUAUUUCCUUAUUUGGACUAUUUAAGUUAAGCUGAUGUUUCUAAUUUUCUAUUGGGAAUUUAUCUGUGUUCUUAAUUAACUGUUAAAAUUUACAAGGCCUGCAGUGAAAGAGAUGUAGGGUAUACGGCAUUUUAACAAGCCAACGUCAUAAAAAAAACAUCUAAAGUCAACAAUAUACACAGAUCUUUUUUAUGCCCCACCUACGAUAGUAGAGGGCAUUCUAUGUUUUUUCGGUCUGUGCGUUCGUUCGUCCGAUCAUUCGUCUGUCCCCGCGCUUCAGAUUAAAGUUUUUGGUCAAGGUAGUUUUUUAUGAAGUUGAAGUCCAAUCAACUUGAAACUUAGUACACAUGUUCCCUAUGAUAUGAUCUUUCUAAUUUUAAUGCCAAAUUAGAGUUUUGACCCCAAUUUCACGGUCUACUGAACAUAGAAAAUGAUAGUGCGAGUGGGGCAUCCGUGUACUAUGGACACAUUCUUGAUUGGCAAUAUUUCGAGCUCUAAAUUGUCCAGAGUCUAAAAAAUUUGGGAAAGUUAUUAAUUAAUUCAAACAUGUAUAAUUGACAGAAUGCUUGCAAAAUUGAAAGGAAAACCAGUUAAUGUCGUUUAAGAUAUCUCUGAUUUUGUUAGCCUUAGCAUUGUAUCGGAUUUCGUAGUGUAUAUUGUGUAGGGCUCUAUAAACUAAUUACGUAAAAUUCAAUAUUAUAUUUUGAGUUCAUUUUAUGUUAAUGUCAUCAGAGACGUAUAACACAAGAUAUUUGUAUUACUAGUAUAUGUCUCUGAUGUCAUGUGGUCUAUCAACAAAAGUUUUUUGAAUUGGAACAAUAAAUAUGCUUUAUUUAUUAUUUAUUAAUUAUGCAUAAAAGAGUCAGAUUCAAAGCAUAACUGUGAUAUUAGAACUGUAAUUAUAUGUAUAUAGUGUAUGUUGUGACAUGUAAUAUAAUAAACACUUUAAUAUA